AUGGCACCACGUAAAGCCAAAAGACAAAAGUUACAGUAUGACCCAGAAGUUGAAGCUAGGUUACAACAAGUAGUUUUCAAAGAUUCUGAAGAUUUUCUUAAAAAUUUGUCCAAACAUGACAAAAGUAAUGUGAAGGUCAGCAAUAAAACUGAAGAAACUAGCAAAGGCCAAGAUUCAGGAAUAUCCGAAGAUAAUGAAGAUCAUGAUAAUGAUAAAACUGAAGAAAGUGACGAUGAAGAGCAUGAUAGCGAUAAGGGUGGAGAAAAUGACAAGACGAAGGAAAAUGAAAGUGAUGAAGAUAAGGAAGAUGACAGUCAUGAUGAUGAUGAUGAUGAUGAUGAUGAUGAUGAGGCUGAAGAAGAUAAACCAGAAUGCACACGGGUUUGGUUUGAUGAUGACGAAGAAAAUUACUCGUACGUUUUAUUUUUAGUGAAGGAUGCAUUGAAGAUUCAACAUCGAAAAUUACCAGGAGGUAGACCUGAGAAAUCUUACAAUGAGUUGCUGGAGAAUAAAUUUAAAUCUCUUGUCGGUACUCCAAAAUGGGCGAAAAUUGACCGGGAAAAAGCCGAAGACUCCGAUGAAUCGGAUGAAGAGCUUCUUCAGCAUAGUAAUCGAUUAAAAAUUGGGAAAGAUAAAAAAUUACCCCGUGGAACUAUUGAGAUUAAAGCCCUCACUGAUAUUAACACAGAAACACAUAGUGAAGGUUCAGUUGUUACUAGUUUGCAGUUUCACCCAACGUCUACUGUUGCUUUAGUUGCCGGUUUAUCUGGAGUCCUGUCGAUUUUUAAAGUCGAUGGUCAAGAUAACAAUAAAUUACACAGUUUACAGUUUGAACACUAUAAAAUAAAUGCAGCAAAAUUUUUGAGAGACGGUAAUGAAAUAAUUGCUGGAAGUCGUAAAAAUUAUUGUCAGUUGUAUGAUUUAAUGUCUGGUAAAAUAUGUAAAAUUCCAUUGCCGAAUGGCGUGACAAAAAUGACGAAAUUUGAAGUGUCGCCGGAUGGUAAAUAUAUUGCAGUCAUUGGAAAGCUGGGACAAAUAUAUUUACUGUCAGCCUUUUCGAAAGAACUUAUUCAUACAUUUAUGAUGAAUAACAAAUGUAUUGCCGCGACGUUCACUCCGGAUAGUAAAAAUUUAAUAACUAGUGGAGGUAAUUGA